ACGUGGUCGUGUUGGGUGUGCGUACUGCGCUGUCCUGCUCACCAACUGACAGGAACUUGUUCCGCUGCAGCAAUUCCCUCCACAUGUAAAACACUUUGGUGUUCGCGAACCACAUCGUCAGACGAUUCUUAUACGUGAAAUUUACAAACUCGUGACGGUGAAGUGUACAAGCGUGGGUUCAUGCGCAUUUAAUAAGAGUUUAUAUCCAGAAAAUAGAUUAAAAACAUCGUUCACCAAUAAAAAGAACAUGAGGAUCUCCGGCUGCAUUCUCACAUUUCUGUUAAUUACAGCAGCGGCGGCAGCUCAGAAGGACGACGAGUAUGAAGACUACGCAGCUGACCUCUCCGACACUGAGCCUCCUCAGUUCCUGUCUGUGCCUGAGGAGUUCAGCGUCGAGGUCGGGGGUGAGAUCACCUUCCCAUGCCACGUCCAGCACCUCGGCAAGAGGCAAAUGGUGUUCCAAUUUAAUUCCUUCACGGCCCCGAGCAAAGAGAAGCUUUACUUCGCCGGCACCAGUCGCAUCAGCGCAAAUCGGCGUCUGCGUAAAGACGAGCACAGCUUCACGCUGACGAACAUCAAGCGGUCGGACGCCGGCCAGUACGCCUGUAAGCUCUACGACCCGCCCUUGCAAGUGGUGCAUGUGCUACGCGUACAAUACCCUGCCAUGAUCCGGCGCAUCAGUCCCGACAAGCAGCACGCGGUCAAGGGUGAGUCUGUGACGCUGCAGUGCGAGGCUGAGGGCAACCCUGAGCCUGCCAUCCACUGGAGCAGACGCGGGGGUCGACUGCCGUCGGGAUCUCACUCUGAAGAGGGCUUGAGCAUCACGCUGGAGAAGAUUGACAGGCGGGAGGCUGGCACCUACGUGUGCACGGCAUCCAACGGCAUCGGCGAGCCUUCGUCUGCCGAGAUGCGCAUCGAAGUCGAGUACAGACCGGAGAUUACGACCGAAGAGUCUAUCCUGCACACCGGUAACGGCGACGAAGCCAAGCUCGUCUGCAUCGUCCAUGGCCACCCUGCACCGACGGUGCACUGGAGACGAGGUGACCACCUCGUCGCCUCAGACAAGCAUCUCAUGACUCAUGACGGCGAGCACAGACACAGCCUCAUCAUCCGGGACGUGCAAGACGAUGACUUCGGCGACUACACUUGCAGUGCAAAGAACCGUCAGGGCGUCACUGAGCAAACUGUUGUUCUUACUGGACUCCCGAAAGUUCCAAAAAUGACGAGCAGCCCCGCUGGUGGGGAGAAGGAAACAUACACCCUCACCUGGGAGACUGAAAGCUUCUCCCCCAUCGUCCAGUACAGGGUCCAGUUCCGUAAAGUUGGGCGAGGAGAAUCACGCAACAAGAGUGCAUGGAAAGACUCGUUGUACACCGCGAAGCCCCAGCGACCUCGCCACAACCAGCCGCGCUCCAGCAACCGGGUCCAGGUCAUGGGUCACGCCAUCCCCAACCUGGACCCUGCCACCGACUACCAGGCCACCGUGGCGGUCGAGAACAAGUUCGGCUGGUCCCCGCCCUCGCCAGUUUUCCAGUUCCAUACUCGUAAAGAAGUAGCGGAUGGACAGUCAGCGAGCACAGCGUCAACUAUGCAGUCAUUGCGGACAGUUUGCGUGACAGUUCUGAGUGCAGUUAUCAUCUCAGCCUUCGUCUGAAAUGGACUGCGCUCUCAAGUGUAAACAAUAGUGAACUGAAGAACUGACCCACUAGGCAAAUAACUUUGCAACAACAUUUGAUGAACGUUGAUUGAAGCGAAAAAACGUUUAACUUCACGAUAGAUGCCUGUCUGUUGGGAGUGGCGUCGC